CAGUCUUAGUCAAGCUCAAUAAAUGGUAAUGGUUCUUAUUAGUAGGUCAUUUCCCCUGUUCUAGGGCUAGGCCCAGAGAAGAUGCCCCUGCUCCCCCUGACUGGAAAUGCUGCCUCCUGCCUGACCCCCCAUCUCCUGCCUUCUCCCACCAGAUGCCGGUGCAGCUGUCAACAGCACUGCGUGUGGUGGGCACCAGCCUGUUUGCCCUGGCAGUGCUGGGUGGCAUCCUGGCAGCUUAUGUGACAGGCUACCAGUUCAUCCAUACAGAAAAGCACUACUUGUCCUUCGGCCUGUAUGGUGCCAUCCUGGGCCUGCACCUGCUCAUCCAGAGCCUGUUUGCCUUCCUGGAGCACCGGCGCAUGCGGCGGGCAGGCCGGCCACUGAAGCUGCCCUCCCCGCUGCGGCGCUCAGUGGCACUCUGCAUCGCUGCAUACCAAGAGGACCCCGACUACUUGCGCAAGUGCCUGCGCUCGGCCCAGCGCAUCGCCUUCCCUGACCUCAAGGUGGUCAUGGUGGUAGAUGGCAAUCGCCAGGAGGACGCCUACAUGCUAGACAUCUUCCAUGAGGUGCUAGGUGGCACCGAGCAAGCCGGCUUCUUUGUGUGGCGCAACAACUUCCAUGAGGCGGGUGAAGGGGAGACAGAGGCCAGUCUGCAGGAGGGCAUGGACCGUGUGCGGGAUGUGGUGCGGGCCAGCACCUUCUCAUGCAUCAUGCAGAAGUGGGGAGGCAAGCGAGAGGUCAUGUACACAGCCUUCAAGGCCCUUGGUGAUUCGGUGGACUACAUUCAGGUGUGUGACUCUGACACUGUGCUGGAUCCAGCCUGCACCAUUGAGAUGCUUCGAGUCCUGGAGGAGGACCCCCAAGUAGGGGGAGUUGGGGGAGAUGUCCAAAUCCUCAACAAGUAUGAUUCGUGGAUCUCCUUCCUGAGCAGCGUGCGGUACUGGAUGGCCUUCAACGUGGAGCGGGCCUGCCAGUCCUACUUUGGCUGUGUGCAGUGUAUCAGUGGGCCCUUGGGCAUGUACCGCAACAGCCUCCUCCAGCAAUUCUUGGAGGACUGGUACCAUCAGAAGUUCCUAGGCAGCAAGUGCAGCUUUGGGGAUGACCGGCACCUCACCAACCGAGUCCUCAGCCUUGGGUACAGGACUAAGUAUACAGCGCGCUCCAAGUGCCUCACAGAGACCCCCACCAAGUACCUCCGGUGGCUCAACCAGCAGACCCGCUGGAGCAAGUCUUACUUCCGAGAGUGGCUCUACAACUCUCUGUGGUUCCAUAAGCACCACCUCUGGAUGACCUACGAAUCAGUGGUCACAGGUUUCUUCCCCUUCUUCCUCAUUGCCACAGUCAUACAGCUUUUCUACCGUGGGCGCAUCUGGAACAUUCUCCUCUUCCUGCUGACGGUGCAGCUGGUGGGCAUUAUCAAGGCUACCUAUGCCUGCUUCCUUCGGGGCAAUGCAGAGAUGAUCUUCAUGUCCCUCUACUCCCUUCUCUAUAUGUCCAGCCUCCUGCCAGCCAAGAUCUUUGCCAUUGCUACCAUCAACAAGUCUGGCUGGGGCACCUCUGGCCGAAAAACCAUUGUGGUGAACUUCAUUGGCCUCAUCCCUGUGUCCAUCUGGGUGGCAGUCCUUCUGGGAGGGCUGGCCUAUACAGCUUAUUGCCAGGAUCUGUUCAGUGAGACAGAGCUAGCCUUCCUUGUCUCUGGGGCCAUCCUGUAUGGCUGCUACUGGGUGGCCCUCCUCAUGCUGUAUCUGGCUAUCAUUGCCCGGCGAUGUGGGAAGAAGCCAGAGCAGUAUAGCUUAGCUUUUGCUGAGGUGUGACAUAGCCCCCAAGCAGAGCGGGAAAAGUGCAAUGGGUAAGGGAGGGAAGGGGAAUGGAAGAGAAAACACAUGGUGGGAGGGAGGGAGUGCUGUUUUAGUUUCUUAAUGGUCCAAAGGACAAAUAUGAAGUGCAAAGAUUGGUGACCGUAGUAUGGCCUUGGGCAGUUCUGCUCAGAGGAAGCAACACUGAUUCCAGCUCAGGGGGGCUCAGGAGACAUGUUUUCAGGCUGCCUGCCUGCUUGCCUCUGCAUGCAUGGUGGUCUCUGGGAAAGAUUCCACUUCCUCCCCAGGGAUCCAGAGAGAACUCAAAAGUGCUAAACCAAACAGUAAGUUCCAUUCAGGGGCAACUUCUGAUAGGUAAGUGAGCAAUGACAGCCUAUGGGAAGGGGUUCUCUUAGUCCAUCUGAGCACAACCAGAGGUGGUGGGAGAAUUUCUGAGAUCUGGGCCAGCUAGUAAUGUGUCCCCCCUCAAUCUAGUUAUCAAUGCAAUAAGAUUGUGCCUGAACUACAAGGCCCAGAAACCUCAUCUUUGGGUAUCAGAAAACAGGGUCCAGGAAUGGUGCUUUAUUAUGUGAUGCACCCCAUUCCAUGUCUCAGCAUCUCAAGGAUGAGCCAAACUAGCAGGGAGUUAGCACUGAAUUACUUUUAAGCGUACAUAUGUGUGAGGAAAGUUUGCCAGGAGGAAUGAAAACUGGUGGUGGUGCUAAAGGCCAUGGACUAUAUGGAGGCCUUGGGCUGAGGGCAUUCCACCUGGAAAUUGCCCAGAUGUCUGGAUUAGCUUUUCUGGGAUCUCUGCUGGUAAGAGAUUUUUUCAUCAUCUACCCGGAAGAUUAAACCCCAACAUGCUCAGAAAGGAAGUAAGGGCUCGGGUAUUUCAACUUGUAUGCUCCCAAAUUCCUCUCAAAUUCAGCUCUAAGCCUAAGCCUCCUCACUUAUCUUUCUUCAAGGUGAGGCAGUUACCUCUUCCAUCCUCCUCAUCAUCAGGCAAGUUUUUCAGGCGGAAAGUGAGGCAGAGCCUGGACUCUCAUAGACCCCUCUGCAAUAGGCAAGCCUGCCCUCAGCACAUGGGCGAAAAACCAGUGGGAGCUGGUCUGACCAAAUUGGCUAGUAUUUUGGAACUGCUUGGGCAGAUUCCUUGGCAGCUGGGUAGCAUGCAUGACUUUCAGGCUACAGUUCUUGACAAUCGUCUCUACUGGAAAGCUUUUCAGUGUUUCCUAAGUGAACCCUCAAAUCCAAGCUGGUCAUCUUUGAGACUGUCCAUUCUCCUCAGUGGCUUCUCCAGGGAAUUCUUACAGCCAAGUUGUGGAAAGUCACUACUGCAUCUGCUUGCUUCUUUCCAGGAACCAAACUGGAAGAUGGAAUUGGUUCUAAAUCCUAAAGUUCUUGCUUUCUCUCUCACUCCUCUUGGGGCUGUUUGAUUUCCCUCUGUUUUUUGGGGGGAAGUGAGGGAAGGCUAUUUUCUAGAGAUUUGCAAUCCAUAGACCGUUAUCAGCUCUUGGGUUUGAAACCUGGGAUCUUGACUAAGCCUUUGAUUUGCAGUUGCUUGCUCGCACUCUCCCUCCCUCACAACGUCCAUUCUCAGAGGGGCCAGCUAAUCCCUCAGAACCAGCACAAAGGUAGAGAGUAGUAGAGGGGGCAAGCCUCUAGCGUGCCCAGGUGCUUCCUACCAAGGAACAAAGUGUGCUCUGAGCCACAGAUUGGCAAAUCCUGGUGCUUUCCUUCAUCUCCCAUGAACACAAGGGUUUUCCAGGUGCAGCCAACACUGCUGCCAUCACACACACCUCGAGUUUCUGAUAAGACUGCUGGUUGAUGUUGGGCCCAAUCCACGAAGGCUGGGAAGAGGCAGCAGGCAUUUGCUGAAGGCAGUUGUUCCAGGCUCUUCCGUGUUUUUCCUGGCCAAGAAGUAAACUAUUUUGAGCACUACAAUGGAGGAAAUCCGGUCAGCCAACUGCAGAGCUCAGACUUAACUAAGGGCUUGUUUUUCUUCAGCUUUGAAGGUUAAUGUAGGAUGGACUCCCAGAUGAAUUCCUGGCUGUCCUACCAUCAGCUCUGCCUUGCACCGGGGUCAUCAACUUUCCUCAGAUCAAGAAUAGGCAGGUACAAGUAGUGGGCUCACAACGUUUGACCUCGACUGGUUUUUCUAAGUUAUUUUGUAUGUUUUUCAGCAGCAAAACCAAACUGGGUCUUCAGCUUUAUCCCCGUUUCUUGCAAGGGAAGAGCCUUUAUACAAUUGGACACAUUUUGGUUUUUCCUGAGAAUUUUAACCCUCUUUUGUAUUAUUUCUACAAUAAUUUGUAAACAUAUUUAUUCUUUUUUUUACUUUUCAGGCCAAAUUUUUUAUACUGCACUUAUUUGUCAAAAUAAAGAUUCUCACGUAAUGCUGGUAUCUGAGCUACUUCUUCCCUCUUUGUAUUUAAUGAAACCUAGCUCUUUACUCCAGUUUCAAAAGACGCACUGGAGAUAGAAACAUAGGUUUGUCAAGGUAAUUCCAGUGGAACUCAGAAGCAGGAUAAGUUGUCACAGCUGCCUCUGGAUCUGGGGAAUACAGUAAGCCCACCU